AUGGCCAGUGACUUCCGAGAGGAAAUUAUCAAGAAAAGGCCCAUUGGGAGAGGACUUGAUUCUUUUCGCAAUUCGCUGAACUCGAAGUGUCGCGAUUUGGGUAUUGCGGAAGGAGCUGACAUCCUCCAACGGCUCGAUGAUGAAGGCAUCAAAGACACUAUGCUCGAGCUUGUGAGAGCAUUGCAGAUUCUUCCUGCCGCAUAUACACUUCGCUCAGGAAAGGGCCGGGGUUUCCUCGCUGCGGAACUGGCAAAUCUCUAUUCGCGUCUUGAUUCAAAUGAAGAGAACCCGCGUUCCGUUAUCCCGCUCUUUUCCAAAGUCAUCCGCACGGCUACUGACGAUGAGGUUUGGAAUGCGGCCUACGAGCUCAUCACGGAAUCCACGCCGCCGCCACGGCCACUAGCUUCCGUUUUUCAGACUCCCAGUCGAUUCACCUCGAGCAACAUAGUGGAUUCAUCCGAACAUCGCAAAGACAUGGACCCCCUUCUGAAGGAGGAAUUGGGCCCCAUCUAUGUCGGCGUGCCCGGUUUCUACGAAGCCUUCUUCUGCACAGAGCCAGCACGCCAGACAAUCUUCGAGGCAGUGUUUGCGAAAUGUCAAGCAGGAGACAACCCGCUGUACCGUACAGAAAGCGGCUGGCGAGACUGGCCUGAAGGUUCCAGAGAGAAGGACGUGCUGAGUUGGCUCUCGACACGCGUCAAUCUCUUCGUGGAUUUAGCAAAGGUUCAACCGUCCGCGCCAAAGGUUUCGCGACGACCAGUGGCACAGCCCGCGCAGCCUCUCGCCGGGUCCACGGCGGGUCGAAAGCUCGAUAUUGGUUUUGUGGAUGAGCCAAGCGCUCGCGAAGAUUCCCGUUGCCACUGGGCACAGAUCCUAGUUCCUGGCGAGCUAAAGAGCAAUCCGUCAGCAGACAACACCUCAAAGACCUGGUUGGACCUUGGCCGGUACGCACGAGAGGUGCUCACGGCCCAGGACAUGCGGCGGAGCGUGCUAGGGUUUACGCUUUGCGGAUCGUUGAUGCGACUGUGGCUGUUCGACCGGAUCGGGGCAAUGGCAUCUGUAUCGUUCGAUAUCCAUGGUGAUGGUUUGCGGUUCGUCUCGGUGGUGUUGACCUUUCUCUGGAUGAGCCGCGAACAGCUAGGAUUUGACCCUAGCAUUAUCGAACUGGACGGUCAGCACUUCAUCGAGAUUGGCCAGGGAAAGCAAAAAGAGCGGCUUAUUAUCGACGAACUGAUAAAACGGGCCACGUGCAUUGCAGGACGGGCAACCACGUGCUGGAAAGCCCAUCGCGAGGGGGACGACUCCAAGACUGUCUUCGUCAUCAAAGACUCCUGGCAGUACACGGAGCGCGAAGAGGAGGGCGUCUUGUUGCGGGAGGCCACGGAGAAAAAAGUGAGAAAUGUGGCCCGAUACCAUUACCAUGAGACGGUCUUAGCUGGCGGCGACAUAGACGAUGUCUGCAACAUCCGCAAAGGAUUGGACAUCACAAAAGCGACGAAUUACAUCGUGGAAAGCCAAAAGGCGGCUGAUCUACAGAGAUCCUCUCCAACACCUAGCUCGCGGAGCGAGGCCGAUCGUGGUCGGAGCUUCGAAAUCCCCAGUAUUAUUGGGCGCAAGCGAUCGUCCAGCUCGUUCCGUCCGUCUCUCCCGUCCAGUAAACGGGCAUGCUCGAGUUCUCCGACGAAGCGGCAGAGCCUAUCCACGCCAGGGAAUCGCGAACAUCGACGGGUGAUCAUACGUGACUACGGAACGCCUUUGCAUAAGGCCAGCUCUGUCCUUGUCUUUGUUCGUGCACUGUGGGAGUGUCUCCAGGGGUGUAAGGACUUGUACGAAAAGACCGGUCUGUUGCAGUGCGAUAUAUCCACCGGAAAUCUUCGAAUGAACGAGGACGAGGGGAACCCUUCAUGGUUUGCAUUCAUCAUUGAUCUCGACCUCGCUGUCAGGGCAGACCGAACGGGACCGUCUCCUGUCCGUCACAAGACUGGAACACGACCCUUUAUGGCCGUUGGUGUUAUGCAAGGCGAGUUGCGUGCCAUCAAACACGAUUAUGAAUCGUUCUUUUGGGUCUUCUUUUGGUUUGGCAUCCACUACAAUGGCCCACACGGAAAGAGUCGCGUGGUUCGUAGGUUCGAGAAUUGGAACUACAUGGAUAUAAGGGAGCUAGCAGAGGUGAAGAAAGGUGUCGUGGCCGACGAAGAAGACUUUCUCCAGACGGUGGAGGAGUAUUUUACACCAUUCUAUCAACCCUUGAUUCCUUGGGUCAACAGACUACGAAAGAUCAUAUUCCCAGGCGGCAGCAGACGGAAGGACAGCAGUCCUGAGCUAUUUUCUUUGAUGGAUGAUCUGUUUCAGAAAGCACAGGAAGCUCUUGCAAGUCGGGACUCGUAA